AUGGAAACAACAAAGCCCAGCCCCAUCCUCUACGCAUUCGCAGGUCUCCCACUCGAGCUACGAGAACAGAUCUGGCGCCAAGCGCUGCCCGCGAGGCCAAACCCGGUGCUGCCCGCUUACAUCGAGGGGUCCGGGGUUAUCGGCGCCGACACGCCCCGCGUUGAGUGCUUCAACGAGUUCAACCCGAAGUUCGACACCACCCCCAGAUUCACGACUUCCCGUAUCGUCCGGGCCGUGCCCGUCCCGACGCCGCUCCUCGACGUCAGCCGCGAGGCCCGCCGCGCCGCCGGGUACAGCAUUGAGCGCCGACAAGGAGGCGGCCCCCCGGCGACGGCGGCGACGAGCCAUAGCGGUGGUGGCGAUGGUGGCGACGACAACAAUAAUAACAACAACAACAACAACAACAACAACAACAACAACAACAACAACAGCCGCCACCCCGAAGCGCCGGGGUCGCUGACCAUCAUGCGCCGUAUCGACCGGGAGAUCGGCGCCGUUUACAUCGCGACCGAGGAGGCAAUCGACAGCUACUCCAGCGAGCGCUGGGAGAUCAGGCCCCGAGUGAACGGGGGCGGGGACUUCGGCUCGCCCCUCACCGCCGUCGCCCUGCCCCGGGCGCUCCUCGAGGCCAAGGACAUGGACUUAUGUUAUUCCCUACUCUUCCUGUCCCAGGCCCGAUGGGGGCCGUUUCCAUGCCGUCCUGGCCCGCAGCCCGACGAUUUGGGGGGCCGCUAGGGUGUGGUGGGAGCUGUGUAAUGACACGGUCGACGGUCCGGUCUCGUUCGUCUGGAACGAUACUAGCAAUACGUUCGUCCAGCACCCUGAUUGUGGAGGCGGGGACGGAAUAGGGGCUGGUGAGGGGCUGCGCAAGAUGGUGGACAACGUAGCCCUGCAGCUGGCCGCACUGAAGGACCAGGGGCAGGAUCACAUCCUUCAGGGCUUCGAACUUCGCCUGGCUUAUACUGCA